AUGAUCCAAGAUGAAACUUCUCCAAAACCAGUGUCUCCUUCUCCUCAAGUUGAGAUUGUUCCUCCUUUGCUAACUCCUAUCAAGACUGUUGCUUUUCAUCAAGAUGAUCAGGAAGAAUCCAACUCCAACUUUCAAAUUGUUGUGCUUUCUCAAGUCUCUGUAAUAGUGAAGAUUACUCAAUCAUUAGAAAAAAGGUUAACUAAAGCUAAAAAGGAUGUGGCUGACAUGAAGCGACUUAUAGCCUUGGUUGAUAUUGAUGUUGAUGAUAUGGUUGCUGAUGACACCCCAUCAAACUCUCCAGGUGAUAAUCCUCUUACACCUCCACCUCCAUCAAUAAAUCUUCCUCCACCAUCUCAUCCUCCUCCUCACAUUCCUUCACCACCACCUAAUUCUCUUCCCUAA